AAUAGGCCUCUCUAUACAUAUUUAAAUAUUAUAACGUUCCGUUGAACUCAAACAAAUGAGGUUUACGAACGCGAGCUCUAACUAGAGAUCAAGAAAGAGUAAUCUGUAAGAAUUGCAGCGAAAGCAAGUUAAUCGUUUAAUCGUUAAAGCUGGAACAAUGGAACAAUCCAAAAAACUAAAGAAUAGAUUUGCUACAAAUGUUGUGGUACAAAAAACGGAGAUGGUUUCCAUAAGGAUCCUGAUGGUGUUUCUUAACCAAACACUAGAUUGCGAUUUACGGAGCAUGGAUGACCUUAAGACCGGAGCAGUAUACUGCCAAGUCAUGCAUAGACUAUUCCCCACUUCGAUUCAGAUUCAUAAAGUCAAGUUUUAUACGUACAAAAAGACUGACUUUGAGAUCAACUUUCGGAUACUGGGCAACUGUAUGGAAAAACUAAAAGUUAAUCGGCAAUUGCCGGUGGGAGACUUAAUUAGUGGGCACAAUCAGGUGGAGUUUUGCAACUGGAUCUACAAAUUCUUCAAAAAAAACGACGAUGGGAGUGAAUAUGACGCCAAAAAAGUCAGGAAAGACUCGCGGAUUGGGCUUUGUAGGGCUCCCGAGAGCUCCGGGUUUGCAAAUGGAGGCAAAAAUGCGAUUUAUAAAUGUAAAUCAAUGAUCUUUAACUAUUCUAUGGAUACAUUCAAAUACGAAAGAAGAAAUAGCCUGGAUGGUCGAAUGGGAGAACUGCCAAGAUUCAAAAAGUUAGAACAGGAACGGCCUAUCAUACAACCGACCCAAAAACCGAAGCCUCGAAAGGAAAUCACAAAUGCCUGUGGAUUUCUCGCCGAGAGUAAACUGGUAUCCCUUCCCUCGGAGAGCGAGGCCGAGGUGGAGCCGAGUGGCCAGAAAUCUGAUCUGCCAGCAAAAUUAUUGACCAAUGAUAAUACUGAGAAAACAUCAAAGGCCGGACAUAGCAUUUUCAAUCUCUUCAAAUAAGGGGAACCAACCAGAAUCUAUCUGCGAUUUUUUGACGUGGAAAAUUCUAAGGGAAAAGUGUACCAAGACCACACAAGAUCUUAAAGCCAAGAUUCAAAUCGUCGAGGAUCUAAAGUGCAAGAUACGUCGCUUAAGCAGAGAACAGAAAGAACUCGCCGACAAGCUGGAUCUUGUAAAGAAAAUAUUGCUUAAUCACGACGACGAUCCAUAUAAUAUUGUACACCAACUAAAAGGAAUCUUUAAAAUUCCACAAGUAGUGACAGUUGCCCCACGCCAGCUCACUGAGCAACCAAUUCCCACAGAAGCUAAGCAGGAUAAACGUCCCACUCCCAUUCUGCAGUCAACCGGCAGUCAAAGAACUCUCUACAGCACAAAAAACCCAGAAUAGGAUCAAACUUUUAGUUAAACAUAGUAAGCACAGCGAACCGAAGGAGCAAAACUCAAAAGGGUCUGUAGACGAAGAUCCAGGCCACAAUCAAUGCUCCCCUACCUGGGAGCCCUAAAAGAUUUUGCAUUGCGACAAGCAUUGCCAAUGCAGGGCCUCGAGGGAAUCGGAUAGGUAUAGGUACCUUCAUC